UAAGAAGAGAAUGUUACUGUAGCCACGGGGCCAGUCUGCAAAUCCACAAGGCAGACAGAGCUCACUGCGCUCAACACUGCAACACACCAACAGCCACGUUUAACUGGACAACUAACCAAAGUCACUGCACUGAUAGACAGUUGACCCCCAUGAUCUGACGCUCAAGGCUCAGACAACAUGCUGGAUACAGAGAGUCAGUGGUCUGAGGCUUUGGCCAGCAACAACAUCGGAGCCAUCAUCCGCUGGCUAGCAAAGCUCACAGCUGAAGGUGAUGCUGAUGUGGAGGAAAUUCUACAGACCUUCAGCUGCUGGGUACAGAGGACGUCAGAGUUUGCAAAAAAGGAGAUAUUAACCUUGUGCUUUAGUCGCUGUCAGGGUCUGUGGAUGUUCCUCGACCGGAGCUCCUUCACUAGAGUGCACAUGUUGCUCCAGAGGCUGAGGAACCUGCUCACGUUAGCCCAGUGGGGAAGAAGGCGGCUCUGCUCAGCCCACCUCUGGCAUGGUGUCAGGGUCCCAUGUAUGAUCUGCAGAGACACAUGCGGCUCCUCGGACAUCAGACGUGGCUGCUGGAACCGAGAACACAGAGCUCUGAAGCAGCACAUCUGGCUGGGACGCCUGGUCCAGUGGUGGGGCAUCACGGGGCUCCUGUCCAAGUUCCCUGAGGCCCAGGAAGUGAAGCGUAUUGCUCAGAUGUGGAAGGAGAUGGAGCACAGCCAUCAGAAGGCUUGUCUCGAAACACCUGGGAGGGAGAAAAUGGGAAGAUUUAGUUCUUUGAUACAGGGCAUGGUGAGCGAGCUGGACAGACAACACGGCUGCAUCUGGACGUCUGAAGACGGCACGGAUCAGUGCUACCCUCCCCCUAAUCUGCAGGCCCUGCUGAAGCUGGUGCUGGUGCCUCGUAUUGACAACAUGUCAGUCCAGGCCAUACUCAUGUACUUUAUCCUGGAUGUGGAGAAUUUCCUGCAGUGCAAAGAUGACCUUCUCCAGUCUUUCUGCCACGCCUUCACAAUCCCUCCAAGUUUUUCCCAACAAAUUCGAGCCUUCUGGAUGUUUGAUCGUGGACACGUAAAGGCCUCCAUGGAGCUGUUACUGAGCCCCAGGGCUGCUGCCCCCUGGUUAUCCUGGCAGCAUCGAUGCAUCAUUCAUUGUCUCCUGACCAGGAAGCAGCCUCAGGUGGCGCUACAGUACCUGCAGUGGACCAGACCUGCCGUAGAGACCGCUGAGGAUGCAAAACUCUGUGCAGAUGUUCUCCUUCAGGGCAGUAGUGUGUCUGAUGCCUGGGAUGUGUUGAAAAGAGGCCACUCAGAAAGUGAAGACAUGGUCAUGCAUUUCCUCCAGACCUGUAAUGGACUCAGUCUGUGUGCAGAGGCUUUAAAGUACAUUCCAGCAAGAUACAAAGGUGAAGAAGACGACAGUGGAGUAGACACCACAAGGUUGCAAAUGAUGAAGAAAGACAGGCCAAUGUGUCCGCUUUCUGCGAAGCUCUAUCAGGCUCAGAAAGUGAAAAGAGUGUCCUCGGAGGAGCUGCUCACUCUGGUCAGAAAGGCUGCCAUGGAAGUGAGAAAACCACAUCCCAAGAUAAGUGAAGUGGUAUGGCCAGAGCACACAGAGAGGAAAUCAAACAGCAAAGAAAUAUUUCUGUCAACCCAGGCUCUGUGUCAUCUCACGCCCAGCCCUUCCCCAGUGAACGUGGCAGCGGAAACGGAGCAAACGUCGCAUAUAGACGACCCAGAAGAACAGCCUGUUAUUUAUAAUCAUCAAGAAUGUGUUUCAUCUUUUGAGGAUCUGAGCUCUGUGUCUGCCUCAUCCUUCACCUCAGCUUCAUCUUUGCCUCUGAUGAAACAGGAUCGUCCUUAUGUGUACAAGAGGACUUUGACUCUGCAGAGGAUUUCUUCUCUGCUCACUGACGGAGAGAACCAAAGCAGUGAAGAUGAAGAUGAUGAAGAAGAAGAGAGCAGAACCCCUUCAUCAAACGACGCCCUGCCAGAUAGCCGAGAGCUGCUGCUGACACCAGAUGGCGCCACAGACCCUACCUCCAUCAGCAGCUUGAACAAAGACAAUUCGGUGGAACUGACACUUUCCCCAGAGGGAGGUGAAGAAGACGAGAAAAGGAUAGAAGAGGAUAUUUUCACAGCUGAUGAACCUUCCAUGGAUGAAAACCAUCCGUCUGGGUCCGUGUGCGGAUCUGGUAAUUGGAUUUUCAGUUCUGAAACGGGUGGAAGCUGAAUUAGUGAGGAUGACUCCUGCUCCUGUCAUCUCUAAGCUCCUCACACAUCUUUACCUGCACAUGAAGAAAAUCACUCCUGUAGAAUGCAGUGGUUCAUCAGAACCUCUGGGGAUGUCCUGUGGAUUCUGUGGAUCCUGUGGGUUGCAGGGUGGGUUCGACCUAGACCAGGCUGAUCCUGGACCAUCCCACAGAUGCUCCAUCAGAUCUGGAUGUGGGGAGUGUGGAACCCAGAUGUUUAGAGGGAGAUGAUGCCACAUCUGGUCCUGCUGAUGGAAGGUCUUGAAGUUCUCUGACUGGCCUCGACUGAAGAUGGUCGUCUCACUGGAUUUAAGGUUCCAACAGGGAAGCUUUAGGUUUAUUAAAUGUUGCUAUGAAGGUAUCACUGUUUUUCUUUGUGAAUGCAAUGAGCUCCAACUGAAAGUUGAAUUAGAACUUAGAAGUAAAUCCUUCCAUCUGAAAGGAUUUAGUUGCAUUAAUAACCUCAUAACAUUCUAAUUUUUAUUUCAGUCUUGGUUGGAAAUAGAAUCUCUGUAUUGAUUCAGGUAAAAACUGAACUUUACAGCAUGUUGGAGCAAAACAACCAGAUGAAAACUGUGAUGGUGUUGGAUUGUCAGACCGUAAUGUUGCAGCUCAAAGCAGCUUUUCUAUCUCAGUUCAUUCUGACAUUCAGCUAUGAAUCAACACAGCAGAUGGUGAUCCAUGCUGUGGAAGUCUCACAUCUCCUGAUUUAAUGGAGCUGCUUUGCACUUUUUACACUGUUUAUUCACCAACACUUUAUUUAAUAAAAGUCCCAUCUAGUUUUUAUGAGGAAUGUGAUGUUUUAAUUUCUCUGUGAAUAACUGCAGUCUAAUGUAACAGCUGGAGUUGUAACAUCUGUCCUGAUAUUGAUCAUGAAGUAUUGAUCAGAAUACUGAUGAUCAGCAGUCAUCCCUGAAGUUUUAUAUUAAAAUCUUGUGUUGUGAAGUUUGGUAAGAAGCAGAAACUUUUACGUUGCCAUGGAUACAUGAGUGUUAAAUUCUGUCCAUGUUUCCAUUUUGGGAAAUGCAGUCCAGUUCCAGAAUGUGGAGGAAUUUAGUCUCACAAUCACAGACAACAAAUAUUAUCUGAAAGUCGGGUUAUUGUUGUUUAUCAGCACAAUACAAAAAGAUUAAUGCUAGAAAUAUUCCAGUUAAUACUCUGGAAUAUCAUGAUUUAUGUAAAUUUACCUCAAUAAUAUGAAUGUUCAGGUUAAGAUUGUAAAGUGAUAUUUAUUAUGCAAGUUUAGCUGAUUAAAGUUUAUGACUCUGCACUAAAAUAUUAUUUAAAUUGACAUCAUUAUUAUAAUAUUUAGGGUCAGACCCUACAGUAUUGAGAUUAAGAAAUCAAAUAUUCUAUAAAAUAUAAAUACACUGAACUCAUUUGGAUGUAUUUAAGUGAGACUCUACAAUAUUAUUUGACACAAAUCUAUCUAAAUUUUAAUAAUUUUCACGCCAAACAUUUACUGGACUGAUUUAAAUAUUAAAAUCCCUCCUUUCUAAUCCUCUGCUGUACGUUCAAACCUGAGGCCUUAAAUAGAAACACACAAGUAUCUGACUGAAGGAACUUCUGCAGAGUCCUGGUUCCAGAACAUGAUGAUAGAAUUAUAGACAAACUUUAACAAAAGCUGCCUGAGAGUUUACAGGUUUUUAUGUUGGAUUUCUUCAGUAAUUUAAUGAGAGUUAUCAGCAAAAAUCAACUGUUCAUUUGAUGAACUUCAUUUCCUAAAACAUCCAGAAUUGGAGCUCAUAUCUUUGGCAGCUGUAAAGUUUCUGCUCCUUCAAAGUUCACAACACAAUGACUGAAUUCCUGAAACACUCUCAAUGCUGGAGAGCGUUUGAUGCUGAAGCAGUGAUCAGUUUUUCUGUUUCUUCUCUGGAGAUGCACAAUGAGGGACGUCUGCAGCGACUGAGAAAGAGUCUCACCACGUCCUGACAUGAGGAAAAAGACUUUAUUGAAGACUACAAUGAGAAAAACUAUCAGACAGCAGACAGCUGCAUUCAAGGUGAGCUCUGAACAUUUGAUCUGGAACAGGAAUUCAAUAACGGCAGCAUGAGCUUCAUUUCAGUCUGUAGCUGCUGAAUUCAUGGAUGAAUCAUCUGGCACUAGAGAAAAAGACCAUCAAACAUCCACGUCAGCUGAUGGAGGUCCAAGAGUCUCACCGAACAACCAGCCUACAGAGUGAAGACCUCGAAUCUGAUUGGACGGCCUCCUAUUCAGCCACAUGUGUGAACAAAUGCCUCUAAGCUGAUUUGUUUUCUGAAAUAAAUCUAGUUUGAGUCCUAA